AUGCAAUCCUCCAUUCUCAUCCUUCUCGCCCUUGUCUCCAUCGCUGCUGCCUGUCCAGGAUUAUUCGGAAUGAUGGGAGGAGGUGGCGGUGGAUGUGGAUGCAGACCUCCACCACCACCAUCUUCAUGUGGAUGUGGAGGAAGAAAGAAGAGAUCUCUCCCAGAUAAACCAGCUGCUCCAGAAUUCUUUGGGAUUGCUGCAUCCGACGAAGACGAGUUGUGCAAUAACUCAGACUUGAAGAAAAUUAUUUUGGAGAACAUGCAAUCUUCUCCAACUGACUCUUCGAAAGCUAUCAAUGGAGCCCUUGAAGUCAAGGAGUUGAGCAGAUUCACAGUUGUUUGCUCAGAGAACUCAUUCGUCUUCACAAUCCGUGCUGACACUGCCUACUGUGGUGCGCAGAAAAACGGACACACCUGCAAAGUCUUUUCUAUGUAA